UGGGCGCGGGGCCGUGGGAGCGGCGCGGCGAUGUGGCGGGCGCUGCGCAGCGUCGGGCGCAGGUGGCGGCACCGCUCCGCCGCCGGCGAGGUGGCCAACGAGCCCGUCCUGGAGUUCAGACCCGGGAGCCCCGAGCGAGCGGCGCUGCUGGAGGCGCUCGGCGAGCUGAGGGGCAAGACCGAAGCCGUCCCGUGCGUGGUCGGCGGAGAGGAGGUGUGGACAUCCGCCGUGCGGUACCAGCUCUCGCCGUUCAAUCAUUCGCACAAGGUGGCCAAGUUCUGCUAUGCCGACAAGGAGCUCAUUAACAAAGCCAUCAACGCCGCUGUGGCGGCGAGGACCGAAUGGGACCUGAAACCCGUCGGGGACCGGGCCCAGAUCUUCCUCAAGGCGGCUGAGCUGCUGAGCGGCCCGCGGCGAGCGGAAGUGCUGGCCAAAACCAUGGUCGGGCAGGGCAAGACGGUCAUCCAGGCGGAGAUCGAUGCGGCCGCCGAGCUGAUCGACUUCUUCCGCUUCAACGCCAAGUACGCGGUGGAGCUGGAGAGCAGCCAGCCGCUCAGCGCGGGCGCCAGCACCAACAGCAUGGUCUACCGGGGGCUGGAGGGCUUCGUGGCGGCUGUCUCUCCCUUCAACUUCACGGCGAUCGGCGGGAACCUGGCUGGCGCUCCGGCUUUGAUGGGCAACGUGGUGCUGUGGAAGCCCAGCGACACUGCCAUGCUCUCCAGCUACGCCGUGUACAGGAUCCUCCUCGAAGCCGGGCUGCCUCCCAACGUCGUUCAGUUCGUGCCGGCGGACGGGCCCGUCUUCGGCGACACCGUCACCGCCUCCGAGCACUUCUGCGGGCUCAACUUCACCGGCAGCGUGCCGACUUUCAAGCGCCUCUGGAAGCAGGUGUCUGAGAACCUGGACCGGUACCGCAACUUCCCGCGUCUGGCUGGAGAGUGUGGCGGGAAGAACUUCCACCUCGUGCACAGCUCGGCCGACGUGUCCAGCGUGGUGAACGGGACCCUGCGCUCGGCCUUCGAGUACGGCGGCCAAAAAUGCUCGGCUUGUUCCCGCCUCUACGCCCCGGACUCGCUGUGGCCCCAGAUCAAAGAGAAGCUGCUGGAGGAGCACAAGAAGAUCAAAGUGGGAGACCCCGUCCAGGACUUCGGGACGUUUUUCUCCGCGGUGAUUGACGACAAGUCUUUCGCCCGUAUAAAGAAAUGGAUCGAGCACGCCAAGACGUCCUCCAAUCUGAGCAUCCUGGCCGGAGGCGGCUGCGACGACAGCGUCGGGUAUUUCGUGGAGCCGUGUAUUGUGGAGAGCAAAGACCCGAAGGAUCCUAUCAUGAGAGAGGAAAUUUUUGGGCCGGUGCUCACCGUGUACGUCUACCCGGAGAAGAAGUACGAGGACGUCUUGGAGCUCAUCGACACCACGACGCCCUACGGCCUCACGGGGGCAGUCUUCGCCCGGGAGAAGAGCAUCGUGGAGCAAGCGAGGAAGCGCUUGCGAAACGCCGCUGGCAACUUCUACAUCAACGAUAAGUCGACGGGCGCUGUUGUGGCUCAGCAGCCCUUCGGAGGCUCCCGCGUCUCGGGAACCAACGACAAACCCGGCGGCCCGCACUACAUCCUGCGCUGGACGUCGCCGCAGGCCGUCAAGGAGACGCACGUGCCCUUGACGGAGUGGCGCUACGCCUACAUGCAGUGACGCCGCCUCCCCGGCCCCGCUCCCGUACUACUGACGCUUGACGCACACAGAGCACUGGAAAGCACUUAAAGCAAGUUACAUGUAACGCAAGAAAUUACGGUUUAUUUUAGGGGGGAAAUGAAUUAUUAAAUGGAUAACUCAAGAAAGAGAAA